AUGAUACAAAAAGCAAAUGGUCUCGAUGAUACUGUUCGUCGAGUCUUGGAGGACAACGGGGAAGAGCUUCUACGGAUAUGGAACCAUCAUAAGUACGGCGAUGAUCUUCAUAGGGCCUGGAAAGAAUCUAGUGCGCUGGCCGAGUUGGAAAGGCUCCUGGCGCGACUCGAACAACAUUCUCAACCUGGCCUGAAACGGAAGAGAGAAAAGGAGGAUGACGGCAGGACCACGGCUUCAUUGCAAAGUACGUCCAGCGGUCGCUAUACCAUUUCACCUGUUUUCAGGAUUACGGAGAUUCCUGACGUGGAUACGGAGAUCGUGCUUGGUGACAGCGAGACCACUGCUCUACCUCAAAGGAGCAUCUUAUCCCCAACUCGUGCACCGAUACCCUUGCCUCAUUCAACACCGCGCCUGAUGGACCAUUAUUUCAAGUAUACGCAUUGCUUUUUCCCCAUACUGGACAGACCUUACACACUCAAGAAGUACUUCGAAUAUAGUCGAGCAAGUAAUCCUCUACCUCCACAGAGCUCCGACCUUGCCUACAUAUGGGCCAUGUGUGCAUACACCAAACAGCAGAUAUUACGCCAGGGUGCCUCGAGCACUGGGCCUGAGGAUGCAACCGUUGCCAAGAUGCGGACGAUAGCCAGAAGCCUGAUACCAACAGAAUCUGGUCCCUUCUUUCUUGGUCAUGUGCAAGCACUACUCCUGCUCACCUUGCUCGAUCUUGGAAACGGGAAGGACUCUGCUGCCUGGAUCUUAGUUGGGUUCGCAGUACGAAUUCUACUUGAUAGGAUCGAUACGACAGGCGACUACCGUACGAGAUGGACUGCAGCCUUACAAGGCUGUUUUUUCCUGGAUACAUUCCUCUCCAUGCAGUUGAGAAAACCACCACAUUUGCAAACCGAGUAUAUAAUGCACACACAAUCGCUUCACGAAGAUGGACAUGAGGAAUGGGAGCCAUGGGAAGUGGCCGUAGGGGACACUCUCGGUCCCCGGCCGCCAGCCUUUGUCCUUAGCUGUUUCAACCGUUUGACGGAGCUUUCCAUCUUUGCCAACAGCUCGCUCAAGAGCGAGUUUUGUCACGUUCCCACAGAAUCACCGUCGACACAAGCUUGCUCCGAUAUACCAAGAUUACAGGAAUUGGCAGAGAGGUACCCUUUCCACAUCAUGCAGAUCGAACCACGACCACCUCAUCAGAUGCUGUUGCAAGCAUGUCAUUUCGCCAUCACGGCCCUGGUGUCGCCGCUUUCUGCCACUACCCGAGCGGUCUUCAAAACGAAGUUUCUUGAGACUCUGGGAUUGUUCGAACUUACCUGGAACACGCCUGAGAGAUGCGGUAUUCCCUCAGUAUUGACGGCGCUUUUUCAUCUGAUCCACCGACUCGAACCGCACGACUUGGUAUCUGAUAGUCUCAAUCGGACUGUGUUGAGCCUGAUGUCCAUCUGGCCGGCUUUUGCGCCGUAUGCAGUUCAUUCUGACCCUCAGAUUGUUACCCAAGGAACAUUGGGCCAUGCGGACUUCACAAAUGAUUAUGAACCUGAAGACGUGCUUCGAUAUACAAGAGCCUUUGCCUCAUUAUCAGCUGUGCCGCCAAAGCACUCCAUGAACUACGUGCCUGGCGGAAUGGUCCCAAUUGAAGUAACACAAGACGGUCAUUCAACAAAGGAUAUCCAGUAUCCUGACGCAGCUCUAUUUGACGCCCCAGCUGAGUCGACUUUAUACACAUCUUCGAUGACGAUGGAUUAUGGAGCCAUGAAUAUUGAUGUGCCGCAACAUAACUUCAACUCUGUAUCGAUGAGUGACCACAAUGCCAGAAAACCAGCGACGGCAUCCCACAACUUUGACGGGGAUGAGAUCGAUGCUCUGUUCCUCGAAAUGGCACAACUCGACAUCACUCAAUGGACGAUGGAUCGGACACAAAAUCUCAGAGACUUCGGCUUCGCGGACGACUCGACCUUUGAGGCAUUCUGCAACGAUCCUGAUCGGUUGAUGCUGGGUGAAGGAUACUUGGUUCCGGCCUCCCAGAACGACCACGGGGUCACCUAUGGCACACAGACAACAUUCUCGGCUGAUGCCGGUCGUCAAGGAUCUGCCCACGCCCCUGAGCAAAGAACAUUUGACAGUUAUGGGGAUCCUUGGUGA